AUGGCAAAGCGUUGUCGAAGCCGAGUGACAUCCAGCAAUGACGAUGGCACGGCUGACGAGACGUCCCCCAUGGACACGGACAGCGAGUCCGAUCGAGGAUACGAGACAGAGCUGACUGAUCCUGAUUCCGAUGUGCCUCGCGACAGACGCAGGGGCAAACGCAAGCGUCGACGACUGCGCUAUAGGCCCAACGCACCAGUCCCCAAGGAGGACGCAGCCGCCGCCGCUACCGACGACUCGGAUGAUGAUACGGACCCCGAGGAUGAUACCGAAGACGACAUAUCGUCGGGGGAUGAGGAUGACGACUACUCCCCUGGCACCAAGCUCCUCAUCGCUCGCAUGGAGGAUCACUGGCAGUGGAAAAAGGCGAAGACGUCCGCGGACCCCAAGUGGCGGGAUCCGGUCGACGCUCUCCGCGGCGCAGGGCGACGCGACCUGUACCUGUUCUUCAACUGGCGUUUCAAACUGAAGCUGGGGAAGGGAGGCCGUCGACUGAGGGGGACGAAAAAAUCGAGCGCCCUGAAGGGCGACUGGAAGAACUUCCUGCGCUACUACGAGGGUGCCACUGGCACCAAGAUCGAUGCAAAGCUGAUGCGGCUGACGCGGAAGAGCCUCCGACGACUGGCCAAGAAGCGCGGGCUGGACGUGCAGGAGAAGGAGAAGACCCCGGUGUAUGUUGAGGACAUGUCUCCACUCCAGGAGACCACGCUGCGGACGCAGGAGAAGAGAUUCUGGCUCGGGCUGCAGCGGAUGCAGAUCUGCCUCUACAACCUGCUGGGCCUCUUCACGCUGAACCGGAAAAGCGCCAUCCUCGCCCUGCGAUAUAAGGAUUUGAGGGUGUCUCUGCAGUGGGACCCUAACGGCGGGCCCCACCUCCCGACGGUGGAAUUCAGCUAUGAGUUUACGAAGAAGCACCUCGGCCUCACACAGACGAACACCUUCAUCCUGCCUGAGAUCAUCUACGACCCGUCUCUGAUCCUCAGUCCGCAUAACUUUCUAUUUGGCAUUCUGUUCUUCUUUGGUGCCUUCAAGGCCACCAAUCUCACCUCGAUGAAGAAGCUCAGAGGACUGAAGAUUGGGGGUGGCCGACAGCAGAAACCGAUCCCGCUGAAGCCGGAGAUGGCCAACUACUAUGUCUUCUGCAGGGUGGAGAAGGUGGAUGGUAAGGUCCGCAUCCUCCCCGAGGAUAAGAUGGACCCUUCGUCCGCCAUCCGUACGAUUGCCGAGAUCUGCGGUUUUCUGCACCCCUGGUUCAACCAUCGCUGCCGGUACGGCGGGGGAUUGGUCGGUGAUGCCGAGCAGAAUCUAGUCCUGAAGCAUGCCAGCAUCCGCACGUUCCUGGACCACUACCUUCCGCGCCUGGUCGACAUCAAUAUGCAGCCACUGAUCAGCGGUCAGGAUCCCAACUCUCCUCUGAUGCGAGCGAUCACGCGGAUCGGCCGCUGGCUGGACAAACGGCGCCCACGGCAUCUGACGGAUGCGCAGAAGGCGACCGUGGAGCAGGACCCAGAGCUGCAGGAAGCCAUCCUGAAGAGAGAUCGGGCUGAACAGCGUGUCAUGCAGACCAACAGCCCCAAGGGAGUUGAGAAGUUCGAGAGACGGAACGAUGAUGUCAAGAAGACAAGAAACCGUCUUCUCUACAGGUACAGGAAGCAGGUCUGGGAGGAGUUCGACGACGAGCAGGCUGUGAUCGACAUCGAACGCCAGCUCUCGGGCAUGGCGUUGAAUGAGGAGGCAAAGGAGACGCUGCAGGAGGAACAGAUGCUCCCAGCGCAGAUCCAUCUUCUCGAGAAUCUCCUGACGUGGCCGACAUCCAGAUCGGUGGAGAAGGAGUUGCGGCGACGGGACGCCGGGGUCGAAGCCGUCCGGAUGUACUGUGGUGUCCUCGAGGGCGGGCCGCGCCGGGGAAGGAGACCAAAGCCGAACCCGCCCCUGGCCCCGCAAGCAUCCGACGACACUGACAACAGGAACGAUAGGCCGGAUGAGGAUGCGCCUAACGGUUGGGACGAUGCCCUCCGUGCCGCCGAGGAGCACAUCCGCCAUGCGGAGAAGCCUCGGGGUUGUUUUGAGUGUUUCGCACAUCCCGGGUCGUCGGAUCACCGGCGCAUUUAUCAAUACUCGCGACCGGCGGACCUGGGCAGGCAUUUUCGGGAUGAUCUCCUCCGGCAUCUCAAGGACGGCGAGCCGGCGAGGUGCAGCUGGUGCGAGAUCAAAUUGGAACACAAGAUGCAUGUGCAGAGCCAUGCAAAAAAAGUCCACCGAGUGCACACGUAG